AUGAUGGCCAGCUACCCCGAGCCCGAGGACACCGCGGGGGCCCUGCUGGCCCCGGAGACCGGCCGCGCAGCCAAGGAGCCGGAGGCGCCGCCGCCGCCGAGCCCCGGCAAGGGAGGAGGAGGCGGCGGCGGCGCCGGGACAGCCCCGGAGAAGCCCGACCCCGCUCAGAAGCCCCCGUACUCGUACGUGGCGCUCAUCGCCAUGGCGAUCCGCGAGAGCGCCGAGAAGAGGCUCACUCUGUCCGGCAUCUACCAGUACAUUAUCGCCAAGUUCCCGUUCUACGAGAAGAACAAGAAGGGCUGGCAGAAUAGCAUCCGCCACAAUCUCAGCCUCAACGAGUGCUUCAUCAAGGUGCCGCGCGAGGGCGGCGGCGAGCGCAAGGGCAACUACUGGACGCUGGACCCGGCCUGCGAGGACAUGUUCGAGAAGGGCAACUACCGGCGCCGCCGCCGCAUGAAGCGGCCCUUCCGGCCGCCGCCCGCGCACUUCCAGCCCGGCAAGGGGCUCUUCGGGGCCGGAGGCGCCGCGGGCGGCUGCGGCGUAGCGGGCGCGGGGGCCGACGGCUACGGCUACCUGGCGCCCCCCAAGUACCUGCAGUCCGGCUUCCUCAACAACUCCUGGCCGCUACCACAGCCGCCCUCACCCAUGCCCUACGCCUCCUGCCAGAUGGCGGCGGCCGCUGCGGCGGCGGCGGCGGCCGCUGCCGCCGCGGGCCCGGGCAGCCCGGGCGCGGCCGCGGUGGUCAAGGGGCUGGCUGGCCCGGCCGCCUCGUAUGGGCCGUACUCACGCGUGCAGAGCAUGGCGCUGCCUCCCGGUGUGGUGAACUCGUACAACGGCCUGGGAGGCCCGCCGACCGCGCCCCCGCCGCCGCCUCACCCCCACUCACACCCGCACGCACACCAUCUGCACGCGGCCGCCGCACCCCCGCCUGCCCCGCCGCACCACGGGGCCGCAGCACCGCCCCCGGGCCAGCUCAGCCCAGCCAGCCCGGCUACCGCCGCGCCCCCGGCGCCCGCGCCCACCAAUGCGCCGGGCCUGCAGUUCGCCUGCGCCCGGCAGCCCGAGCUCGCCAUGAUGCAUUGCUCUUACUGGGACCACGACAGCAAGACCGGCGCGCUGCACUCGCGCCUCGAUCUCUGA